UUGUUUCGUACGCUACCACACCAUACAACUUCAACGUAGUAACCACUUUUUUUUUUUUGGAUUCAGCCAUGAUAUAAAUGGUGGCACAGUUUCACGCGUUUAAACCUAACACAAACGUAAUCGGAACGUUCUUCUCCCAAAACGCACGUUUUAAAGAAGUCCUUUCUCUCUUCUUCUUGUUCUUGAUCUUCUUCUUGGAUUUGCAAUCUGUGGUGAAAUCUGGUUUGGAAUUUGGUGAAGUGGAAUCGAAGAGUGUUUCAAUGUCGGAAGGGUUUGCGAUCGAAUUGCACUUGGAUCCGGCGUUGGAGAAUCAGGUGCUGAAGGCGUGGAACGUUCUCGCGCGCCGGCAAAUCACCACUCACCUCAUCGAGAUGAAGUCGCGCCCUCACAUAACGCUCUUCUCCGCACCCUUUCUAGAACCUUCCAAGCUCGAAUCGCUUCUCAGAACCUUCGCAUCCAACCACGAUCCUCUUUCUCUCUCCUUCUCCUCCGUCGGCACCAUCCCCAACCAC